GCGAGAGAGGCCGGUUGCUUCAGAUUUUUUGGAUUUGAAGGAAUUUUGUCAGGACAAUUUGUCCGAUUUUGAUCAGAGAUUGUUAGAAGGCAAGACGACAAUGUUAAGAAUAUCUAGGCAGGCUGUAGCCCCAGUGUUAAGGGUUUUUUCGAGGUCUUUUACGUCGGCAAAGGUGCCUUGCCAGAUGCAGAACAACCGUGUGUUGUUGAACUUGAAUGCUGACUCCGCAGUAUCGACGCACGUAGGCAACGCGAGCGGCUCGCCAGUGAAUUGUUGUGGGGCACUUCGGGCGUACAGCACCGGCAAGGAAGUUGAGAAGACACCGGAGCCACAGACAUCGGGAACAGCGAGUGGAACUUCUGAGAGUGCAGCCAUACGACACAGAGAACCAAGCAACAUGGAGCGAAAAGUAUUUGUGUGGACUGGAAAAUACAAGACAGUGGAUGAAGUGCCCAAAUUGGUCUCUGAGGCUGCUCUGAUGAGUGCCAAGACCAAAUUCCGCAUCUACAUCAACCUGUUAAUGGGCGCGGCCACUCUCCUGGCCGCCGUCGCCAUGAUCAUCAUCGGCCGGUCUCGUGCCAAGAAGGGCGAGAGCGUCUCCGGCCUCAACAUCCGGAGACACCCAGAGAUGUACGGCAAAAUGAUCGCCCAGGAAGACGCCAAGAAAUGAGCCGAACAUUUUAGUAGAUGGCGUUGUUGUUUUUUUAGACUUCCAUAGCACCAAAUAGUGAGAAUGAAAAGUAUGGCUUAACUAGUCCAAACAUUUUGGGACUCUCCUUACUGUGUAUGAGAGUCCCAGGACUUAAAGGCAUUAAAAACAUGCAGUACAAGGAAAUAGACUGGCACCUGAAACAACCAGUCCAAAUGGUACUGCACCAAUCAACUGUGCCAAAAGAAACAUCUGGCAUGUCUGGUACUAGUCUCUAUUUCUACACCUUACUCAAUAGUCAGCUACCAGACUAAAUGACGAGGUCAGUCUUUUCAAACAGUUGGACCAUGGUUGGACAUGUACCAGUCUAGUCUUUAGCCUCAAAUUGAUAUCACUGCUCAGGUGCAGAAAAUUGAAGAAGAGUCUCCUUUAAAAAUUAAAUUGAGACUUCAAACUUACUUGGUGGAAUACUGAG